AGAAGUGCUCGCCCGCUGCUUCCCAUGGCACGGCGGCCCCGUCCCUCUCAGGAAAGCCUGGGACGGACAGCCUCGUAGCACGGGCGGUGCUGUCUGCCUGCUGCGCGGGGCGGGCGGGAGGAGCCGCUAAAGCAAAGUGGGGCAGGACGGAGCUGAACAGUGCCGACGGGGCUGGGAGGCACCUGCGGUGCCGCUGCGCUGCGCUGGAGGCAGGGGAGCGGCGGGCGCGGAGUCGUUGGCACCGCUGUCGGCGCUUGGCAGCAGCUGGAGGAGGCACCGCGGGGCACGGAGCGCUGUGCCGGAGCUGCCCGGCUGCUCGCCAUGCGUGGGGCCGCUCUGCUGCUCCUGGCGCUGGGGCUGCAGCAGGCCGAGGGCCGGUGUGUCUUCAACCGCACGCAGGAGUACUGCCUGUGCUACAGGCUGACCCAGGAGAGCGCCGGGAGCGUCAUCCAGUGCCUCGCCGCCUCCGCCGUGGAGUUCCAGGGGGGGGACCUGGAGAAAUACGCUGACUUCCCCAUCGAGGACCUGGACGACUCCACCAUUGACAUGCUUGGCAGUCUGCAAAUCAGGAAGAUCAUUUUUUCGGACCUUCUGGUUCCUGAGGUCCUCCUGGCCCGCGUCCUGCGGUUCUUCUCCUACACUCAGGUGCAGGAGAUGGUGUUCAAGAGCUGCAGCUUCGUGGGGAGGAGCAGCUGGGCGGACAUGGCGGGCCGGGCCUUGCCCAUCGUGUCACUGCGCUUCCACAACGUGACGGCCGCCGCGCUGGCGGGCCGCGAGCAGGACCUGUCCCCGCUCAGCCGCUGGCUGGGAGCCCUGCAGGAGCUGUCGGUCACCGCCUCACGCCUGGCCGUGCUGCCCUGUGCCGUGGGCCAGGCGCUGCGGGCGCUGCGCUCGCUGGACCUGGCGCGUAACAGCCUGGGGGAUGACAGCCUGGCGCCCGCCUUCUGCCAGGGGGCCUUCACACAGCUGCGGGUGCUGAGCCUGCGGCACAACAACCUGACGUCGUACAGCGGUGUGUGUGGCAGCGUGCGACUGCUGGGCGAGCUGCAGCACCUGGAUCUCAGCCACAACGCGCUCACUGCCGGCACGCCUUCGUCCCCCUGCCAGUGGCCGGCGACCCUCCGCAUCUUUAACUUGUCCAGCGCCGGCUUGGACCACGUGCUCGCACCUCUGCCCCCCGCUCUGGAGGUUCUGGACCUGAGCUCCAACCGCCUCCACGCUGUGGACAUCUCCCUGCGCUCCCUGCAGGCGCUCUUCCUCAGCCGCAACGCGCUGCCGGCCGCGCCGUCCAUCCGGGGCUGCCCCGCGCUGCACACCCUGCACCUGGACAACAACCUGAUCGCGGAGCUGCCGCGGGACGAGGCGCUGCUGCUGGAGCACCUGCAGGAUGUGGCCGUGGCCGGGAACCCCUUCAACUGCACCUGUGGCGGGGCCGGGGCCGUGCAGGCGCUGGCGGCCGUGGGGUGCCUGAGGCAGGGCUGGCCGCAGGGCUACGUGUGCCACGCGCCUGCCCGCUACCAGGGGGUGCUGCUGCGGGACGUGCCCACCUCCGUGCUGCAGUGCAACCCCGCCGCUGUGCUGGCUCCCGUCUGCACGGGCCUGGCGCUGCUCUGCGUGGCCGUGGCGGGCGGGCUGCUGUGGGCGCGGGGGGCACGGCCCCGGUGGUUGUGCGGCCUGGGGCAGCGGGAGGAUGCCUGCAGCGGCGCAGAGCACUUGUAAGGGCUCUCCUGGUGUCCCACGCCACAGUUCACUGUGGAACAGGACUGUACCCAGCGCUGUCCCGCUGUAGUGCUGGCUUUCCCAACACAAAUUUUGGAAAGCCUCUUCGAAGCAUUAAGGUUGGAAAAGACCUCUUGAGAUAGAAUCGUACAGCUUUCAGGAUCAUCGAGUCCAACCAUGACCUAACCAUCCUACCCUAACUAACAGCCCUCCACUAACUCAUGUCCCUGAGCACCACCUCCAGACGGUUGUUAAACACAUCCAGGGAUGGUGACUCAACCACCUCCCUGGGGAUCCCAUCCCAGUGCUUAACAACCCUUUCUGUAUAGAAGCUUUUCCUGAUAUCCAACCUAAACUUACCCUGGCGCAACUUGAGGCCAUUUCCCCUCGUCCUGUCACCUGUCAGCAGUGAGAAGAGACCAACCCCGCUCUGCUGUGAGCACCUUUCAGAUAUUGGAAGAGAGCAAUGAGGUCUCCCCUCAGCCUCCUUUUCCCCAGACUAAACAGCCCCAGUUCCUUCAGUCUCUCCUCAUAGGGCACAUUCUCCAAGCCCUUCCCCAGCCUUGUUGCCCUUCUCUGGACCUGCUCCGGCACCUCCAUGUCCUUUCUGUACUGAGGUGCCCAAAACUGAACACAGCACUCGAGGUGAGGCCUCGCCAAUGCCGAGUACAGGGGCAGGAUGACUUCCCUAGUCCUGCUCACCACACCGUUCCUGUUACAAGCCUGGAUGCCAUUGGCCUUCUUGGCCACCUGGGCACACUGCUGGCUCAUAUUCAUCAGUACCCCAAGGUCCCUUUCCAUCAGGCAGCUUUCCAGCCACUCUUCCCCAAGCCUGUAGGGUUGCCUGGGGUUGUUGUGACCAAAAUGCAGGACCCGACACUUGACCCUGUUGAAACUCAUACAGUUAACCUUGGCCCACCGAUCCCAUCUACCCAGGUCCCUCUAUGGUGCCCUUUUCCCCUAAGGCAGAUCAACAUUCCCUCCCAACUUGGUGCCCUCUGCAAACUUACUGUGUGUGCGCUCAAUCCCCUCAUCAAGAUCGUUAAUAAAGAUGUUAAAUAGAAAUGGCCCCAGUACCGAGCCCUGGGGGACACCACUUGUGACUGGCUGCCAACUGAAUUUAACUCCACUGACCACAACUCUUAGGGCCUGAUCCCUGGCUGACCUUUAAUUGAUCCACGGUGGCGCCUGAGGUUAUCCAUUCCAUAACCUUCCUGGGCACUGAGGUGAGACUGAUAGGUCUGCAGCUACCAGGAUCAUCUUUCCAGCCCUUUCUGAAGAUGGGUGUCACAUCUGCCAGUCUCCAGUUCACUGGGACAACCCCAGUUAGCCAGGACUGCUGAAGGAUGAUGGAGAUUGGCUUGGCAACCACAUCCGCCAGCUCCCUCAGCACUCCAGGUUGAUCUAGGCUAGAUCAUCUAGUCCAACCCCGUCCCAUCUCACCGUGUCCCCCCAGGUGGCACACGUACACAUUUCUGGAACACUUCCAGGGUCGGUGCCUCUACCACCUCCCUGGGCAGCCCAUGCCAAUGCAUUAUCACUCUUUCAGAGAGCACAUGUUUCCUAAUAUCCAGCCUGACCCUCCCCUGGCACAACGAGGCCAUCGCCUCUCAUCCUAUUGCUGUUACCUGGGAGCAGAGGCUGGAACCCCCCUUGUCAUUACCUCCUACCAAGGAGUUGCAGAGAGCGAUGAGGGGAGGGAAGAGGGGGCUGGCUAGGGGUGGGCAGUGCCCGUGCCAUACUCUAUUCUGCUUUCCCAUUAAAAUCUGCUCCUGGG